AUGGGCUUCCUCAAGUCGAAAGCUGACAAGAAGACGGCCGAGCAGGCCGUCGGAUCAGACUUAGCAGCAGUCCUGCCCGAAAACCCUGCACCAUGGUACCGCACUAGACAUUUGCUUCUGCUGAACCUGACUCUGCUGGUUCCGAUGUUUUCGUCAGCUUCGGUUGGCUUCGACGGCGCCAUGAUGAACGGACUUCAGACAAUCGAACAAUGGCGCGGCUACUUUGGUCACCCAAGCCCACCGAUUCUUGGGACGAUGAACGCCGUCUACCCGAUCGGCAAGAUCAUGGGUCUUAUCCCGACAACCUGGAUGGCAGACAAGUAUGGUAGAAAGUCGCCCAUGUGGGUUGGGUUCUUCCUCCUCCUCCUGGGUGCUGCUCUCCAGGGCGCCAGUGUCAGCCUGCCCAUGUUCAUCGUCUCGCGUUGGCUCCUCGGUGCCGCGACUGCUUUCAUCGCGCAGCCCGCGCCGAUCCUCGUCACCGAGCUUGCCUACCCGACCCAGCGCGGCAAGAUCAGUGCGCUCUAUAACACAUUCUUCUUCUUCGGGGCUAUCCUCGCAGCUUGGUCUACAUAUGGAACUUUCCGUCUCCCCUCGACAUGGAGUUGGAGAAUCCCGUCGAUAUUGCAGGGUGCCCUCCCCGCGAUUCAGUGCGCGUUCUUCUACUUCGUGCCCGAGUCACCAAGAUGGCUAGUCGCCAAUGGCAAGACUGAAGUUGCACGAGAGGUUAUUACCCGCUACCACGCCGGCGGUGACUCGUCUGCGCCACUCGUCGACUAUGAGAUCAAGGAGAUCGAGGAGAACCUCCGCAUCGAAAUGGAGGCUUCCAAGGAGUCUUCUUACCUGGAUCUCGUCAAGACUGCGCCCAACCGUCGCCGUACACUUAUUGUCAUGAUCAUUGGCCUUGGUGCUCAAUGGGCUGGCAAUGGCGUUAUCUCAUACUAUCUAACACUGGUGCUCAACACGGUGGGAAUCACGGCAACCAAGGAUCAGGCCCUCAUCAACGGCCUCCUGCAGUUGUUCAACUGGUUCGCGGCCGUGUUCGCCGGUGCCAUGAUGGUCGACCGUCUCGGCCGCCGCAAGCUCUUCCUGAUCUCGACCGCAGGCAUGCUGGUCUGCUACGUCAUCUGGACCGUCCUUACCAGCGUGUUCGCGAGGACGAAAGACGAGAAGGCCGGAUACACCGUGGUGGCUUUCAUCUUCAUCUACUACUUCUUCUACGACAUCGCCUGGUCUCCUCUCCUCAUGGCUUAUCCGGUCGAGAUUAUGCCGUACACCCUCCGCGGCAGGGGACUGACCAUUUCGUUGGGAUCUACUUUCGUGGGUCUCAUCAUCGGACAGUUCGUCAACCCCAUCGGCAUGGCUAACCUGGGCUGGAUGUACUACAUUGUCUUCUGCUGUAUCUUGGCGAUUCUCUUCGUCCUCAUCUUCUUCCUCUUCCCAGAAACCAAGGGGCGGACGUUGGAGCAGAUCGCUGAGGUCUUUGAUGGCAAGAGACAUGCGCUUGGUGAUAUCAACGUCGGAAGAGAGAAGCUGGAGGAUGAUUUCGUGGAGGUGGAGAAUGUCACAGACAGGAAGGCUUGA